AUGAAAUUUGCACUGAGGAAUAAGGUGCCUAGAGAUAGGGAAGAGCAUCUGAAAAAGAAGCAUCAUUAUGUUCAAGAGGCCAAGAAUAGUAUCCUUGACACGCUCGGAAUUGGUCAUGCCAAGAAGACAAAAGUUGGCAACGAAUUCAUCCGUGGUGUUUCUGGAGGAGAAAGAAAACGUGUUUCAUUGGCAGAGAUGAUGGCCGGCCAGAGCCCAAUGCAAUUCUGGGAUCAACCAACUCGGGGUUUAGAUUCAAAGACCGCUUUGGAGUUUGCGACUACUUUACGUAAGGAAGCCGAUCGCAAUGGCAAGACUGUCGUCGCCACACUCUACCAAGCUGGCAAUAGUAUUUUCGAUAAGUUCGACAAGGUUUUAGUUCUAGCGGAUGGCCUUGUCAUAUACUAUGGUCCACGGAGCUUCGCACGACAGUAUUUCGAAUCACUGGGGUUUAUCUGUCCGAAGGGCGCCAAUAUCGCUGAUUUCCUAACGUCAGUCACGGUAAAAACGGAACGGGUUGUGUCACCCGAGGCCGAGGGGAAAGUACCUACAACAGCUGAGGAGUUUGAGACGGCCUACAAGAACAGCGUCACUUGCCAGCAGAUGAAGCAAGCUGAGAGAACAACACAAAGUCUAGAAAAAGAGGUCCAAAACAUUCAAUUGGCGGUCGAGAGUGAAAAGAAGCAAAGACGUGUGGGUGGAAAGCGAAGUGUAUACACUGUUGGCCUGAAAGCCCAAAUCGUGAAUUGUACGAUCCGACAGUUCCAAAUUAUGAUGGGUGAUCGCCUGUCAAUUGCUGUCAAGGUCUUUUCAGCAAUCGUCCAGGCUCUAGCUAUCUAA